UAAUUUUAUUUAGUCUGUGGUCGUCGACGUCGGUCGCCGUUCGCUGACUUGUUUGUUGGCGUUUUUCAGUUUAUUUUAGUUGCAUUACUGAAAUAUUACAUUGUUUCAAAUUUUUUACGUACCUCUCAAGUUACAGAAAUGAAUCGCAGAAGGGCCCAUGACGAUGAGGAUGGCUACGAGCGUCUCAAUCGCAAAAGACGUCGUGUAUCCGAAAACCAGGAGAUUGAGGAUAGGUUGGAGUCUCUGAUCCUGAGGGUGGGAGAGAAGAGUAGCUCCAGUUUAGAGAGUAACUUGGAAGGCUUAGCGAGCGUAUUGGAAGCUGAUUUGAGUACGUUUCGAGUGAAGAUCCUACGUAUUCUUACUGACUGUGCAAUUCGUAUGCCUGAGAAAUGCACCAUAUACGCUACAUUAGUGGGCCUACUCAAUGCUAAGAACUACAACUUUGGUGGUGAAUUUGUUGACUACAUUGUGAAGACUUUCAAAGAGAACUUGAAAACUGGCAAGUGGAAUGCUGCCAGAUAUUGUCUGAGGUUCAUAGCUGACUUGGUGAACUGCCAUGUAUUGGCUGCUUCAUCCUUAUUGACAUUGCUGGAGACUUUAGUGGACUGUGCUAAUGAGGACGGAGUUCCUCAAGUCAGAAGAGAUUGGUUUGUGUUUGCUGUGUUAUCAGCAUUACCAUGGGUUGGCAGAGAGUUAUACGAGAAGAAAGAAUCCCAAUUAGACCACUUACUAACCACCAUAGACAUAUUCUUAAACAAACGCAGCAAGAAGCACUGGCCAGCUCUAAAAGUAUGGUCUACUGAUACCCCUCACCUUCAGGAAGAGUAUCUGGAUUGUCUAUGGGCUCAAAUUAAAAAGUUGAAGCAAGACAACUGGUCAGAGAAGCAUAUUCCUAGGCCUUACCUUGCCUUUGACUCAAUUUUGUGUGAAGCCUUACAACACACUCUUCCUCCUAUACAGCCACCACCACACAAUGACACUGACACAUAUCCCAUGCCUAGAGUCAUAUUCCGCAUGUUCGACUACACAGAUUGUCCCGAUGGACCAGUCCUUCCCGGAGCUCACUCCAUCGAACGGUUCCUCAUUGAAGAGCAUCUACACAACAUCUUGGAAGCUUACCAUUUGGAACGAAAAGAGUGUGCGGCACAACUACUCUGCUUCCCAUACAAAGCAAAGAUUCCUUUAGAAUACUGUAUUGUAGAAAUAAUAUUUGCUGAAUUGUUUAAUUUGCCAAGGCCAAGAUAUUUAGAGAUUUGUUACGGAUCUAUUUUGAUUGAGCUCUGUAAACUCCAGCCUUCGACCAUGCCACAGGUUUUGGCUCAAGCUACAGAAAUAUUGUUUAUGAGAAUUGACACUAUGAAUGUGGCCUGUUUUGAUAGAUUUGUGAAUUGGUUCUCCUACCAUCUUAGCAACUUCCAAUACCGUUGGUCCUGGGAGGAGUGGGAAGCAUGCACUCAGUUGGAUAUUGAUCAUCCCAAACCCAGGUUUAUUAGAGAGGUUCUUGGAAAAUGUCUCAGGUUGUCAUAUCAACAAAGGAUAAAAGAAAUGGUACCGGAAUCUUUUGCAGCAUUUGUACCUCUGAAACCUGAACCUAUUUACAAGUAUUCUAUGGAAGGUGCAGCAUCUCUACCAGGCACAGAAGCGGCCCACCAGUUAGUGGUCUGUGUUCGCAACAAGUGUACCCCAGAAGAAGCACUGAACGUUCUCCGGGAACUGCCCAACCCUCUCCGUGAGGGUGAACAACCAGCUGCCGCCCAAGCAGCCCCGUACAACCCUCUGAAGAUCGAUGUGUUCGUACAAACGCUCCUGAAUCUUGGCAGCAAGAGUAUAUCGCAUAGUUUCGCUGCUAUUUCCAAGUUCCAUUAUGUUUUCAAGAUCUUAGCGGAAUCCGAAGAAGCUCAAAUCUGUAUUCUCCGCAACGUUUGGGAACUGUGGCAGCGUCACACACAAAUGGUCUGCGUAUUAGUCGACAAGAUGCUCAAGACUCAGAUAGUUGAGUGCAAUGCGGUGGCCACGUGGCUGUUCUCUAAGGAAAUGGCUCCGUACUUCACGCAUAACUAUCUUUGGGAGAUACUGCAUCUGACCAUUGAUAAGAUGAACAAACAUGUUUCUAAAUUGAGUGGUGAGCUCCAAGAGGCCAGAGAAGCUUUAGCUAGAGCAGACUCCAGCAGUUCAGAUUCCGAAGAUGAGAACAACACCAAGAAGAAGAAGGAUCAAGACAAACCUACUGAAGAGGCCGUAGAGCGUAUGGAGGAACGUCUAGAAGCGGCCCACAUGGACCAGAAGCGGCUGUUCCUCAUCGUGUUCCAGCGCUUCAUCAUGAUCCUGUCGGAGCACCUCGUGCGCUGCGACACCGACGCCCGCGACCCCAACACACACUGGUACACCAGCACCGUCGCCAGGCUCAGCCAGGUCUUCCUCAUCCACCACGAGCAAGUGCAGAAGUACAGCAGCACUUUGGAGACACUGCUCUUCACACAAGACCUGGACCCUCACAUCUUGGACGUGUUCCACCAGUUUAUUGCGCUCACCGCGUAGAUAUGAUAUUUAGACGAUAUAAUGAAGUUCUUCAUAGUCACGUCAAGUAACUUUUGCACCUAUGAUGUGACUGCGUAAAGACAAAAAACUGCGUAAAUGUAUGAACAAAACACUACUGCGCAUGUAACACCAAAUGGAUGACAAAAGUAAUUGACAUGUGCUAAAAGGGUCGACGAAAUGAAAUCAUUAUUUAUUACGCGAGACUUUGGCUGUUAGAGUAAUGAUUAUACUGUAUAUGCGUUUUUCAUCAUAGAUUACUACAAUAAACAGCCGUUAUUGAGAUGUGGACAUCAUUUAAUGGAAUGUGAAUUCCUGAAUUUUAUUGUAACAUUAUGGUUCACUCAGAAAAAUGAAGGCCCAUGCUGUGUUGUAAUAUUGACGAUGAAAUAUUAUAUGAAAUGUAUUACAAUGACUGAAAGUGGUGAUAAAAUAAAUCUUCAAUGUACUAACGAAAUGAUAAUGUUAGUUCUCCCAUUCAACCUAAUAAUUCGCGGAGCAUAAGAUUUUUCGCUUGUGAUGUCAACCCUAAGGGUGCGUCCUGCGUGGACAAAUCGCGAACGCAAAUGCGAUGCGAUCCGAAGCGAAUUGACAGAUGUCCUCCAUUUUGGGAAGUCGGUUAAAAAUAGCGCCGCAUCGCUUGGCGUUCACAUCGCUCACUAGGGACGCACCGUAACAUCUCAGAAUUAGACUCCCAAGUAAUAGAUCAUACUAGAUUUAAUUUUAAGUAAUGCGUGAUUAAUAUUUAUGACCUCGAUACAAAGUUAUGGUGCGUAACAGUUAUAUGAUAAGUGUUGCGUGGUUUUAGACUUAAUUAUUUUCUAUUUUCCCCAUUAUAUUCGCUUUUCAACCCCCACUUACUACUGCUCAACCAAAAAUUGAUUUAGCUUAGCAAAUUCUGCCCCCUUACUUAUAAAAAUCUCUAAUCACCUUCUAAACAACAA